AUGGGAUUAGUCCUAGGAACGGCAGUACCACAGCCUACGGCUCUAGCAUAUCUCACGCCGCAAAACAUCGCGGUAGCGAUAAUAGCAUUCCUCUUAGAAUACAUUAUCAAAUGGCGAUUUUUCGGCCCACUAAGACACAUUCCAGGCCCAUGGUGGAGCCAUUAUACACAGAUCCCCGACGGAUACCACCUUAUGCGCGGUGAACGGGCACUCUACAUCCACUCUCUCCACGAACGUUACGGGCCCACUAUUCGUGUUGGACCAACCCUCGUCGGCGUUUCUGGCACAGCGGGCGUAAAAAUGGUAUACGGAACAGCGCUGAAAAAGCCAUUUACUCGCAACCCUCAGAUCACGGCGAUGUUCAACUUCCAACGUAAACCGGAGGCAGAUAAUAUAGCUUCCUUCCAUCUUCCUGGGGAUGCUCUCAAAAGGAGGAGAGCGUAUGGGAAUAUUUUCUCGAGGGGGAAUAUACUUGCUAUGCAAGAUGUCUUCAAAAAAUGUUUUGAGAACUACUUCGCAAAGCUAGAAACUCUCCGAACAGCUUCACCAAACGGCAUAGUCCCCAUGGUUCGCUGCUUCCGCGCCCUAGCCCUUGAUGCCAUUACCGAAGUCUCCUUCGGCGGUUUCUACAAAGGCGCCUCCGACCCCGACCACCAAAUGAAGCUCCUCGACAACCUCAUGUCCGCCAACCUCGUUCAACUUCACCUCGGAAAUGCCAUCUACUCCCUCCUCAAAUCCAUCCCCUGGAAGCGUCUCGACUGGGUGCGGUCCAUGGAAGACUUCUGCCGCAUCACCUCCGACUCCACAGCGCUAUACCUGUCCAACCGUGCCGCAAACCCCUCACAAGCACGCAAAGAUUCGCUCUCGCAGCUGCUGUCAUACGGGCUACCGAGGGCAGCGGUGGAAGGGGAGGCGCUAGCGAAUGUAUUUGCGGGAACUGACACGACGGGGAAUAGUACCGCAUUUAUAGUGUGUGAGGUGCUGAAGAAGCCUAAUGUGCAUCGCAGGGUUGUUGAGGAGGUAUUUAACGCCUUUCCGGAGGGGGUGUAUAGGAUGGGGGAGGUGAUGGAAUUUCGGAAGGUGGAGGAGGAGUGUCGGUUGUUGAAGUGGUGUAUUAAGGAGGGGAUGAGGAGGCAUUCGUUGGCGCCGGGACCGGCGUUGAGGGUUGUGCCGGAUGAUGGGGUGGUGGUGGAUGGGAUGUUUAUUCCGGGAAAGGUUGACAUCUUUGCGCAGUCUCAUACGUCAACCCAUGACCCUGUGGCCUUUCCGCAACCAGAAGAGUUUAUCCCUGACCGCUGGGAGAACGAGACGAGUGAGAUGAGGACUCUGUGGACGGUGUUUGGGUCCGGACCGAGGAUUUGUAUCGGUGAAAAUCUGGCAAUGAUGGAGAUGCAGAUGAUGCUUGCACUGCUGUUCAGAAAUUACGAGCUUGUGCAGGUACCAGGGACAGAUAUGAGGAUUACAGAGUUCUGGCUGAGGAGCAUGAAGGCUGGUGAGCUGCAUCUGAAGUUGGUUCCUAGGAGUGUUUAG